AUGGAUCAUUAUAUCGGGCCCGAUGGAAAACCUUGCCGCGCAUGUGUGUCUGUUGAAGAUUUGAUGAAAAAAGGACGCGAGUUGGCACAGAAGCGGAAAGACAAGGAAUCUUCAUCGAAUGAUGCAAGCAAGCCUGGGACUUCAACAGCGGAGCUGCCGACGAAGAACGAUUGUCCCGCUGACAAGGAUGAAUUAGGGAGAAGCACAUGGACACUCCUGCAUACGAUGUCCGUUUAUUAUCCAGAAUCGGCUAAGGAAAGCGACAAGAAGAAUGCGACAACCUUCCUUAGCAAUCUGAGUCGACUUUACCCUUGCGACUACUGUGCCAAGGAUUUACAAAAGGACCUCGCCGAGUCCCCGCCGAAGCUCAACACUCGUCAAGAAUUCGCGACAUGGAUGUGUGAGCUGCACAAUAAGGUCAACGACAAAUUGGGAAAACCCAAGUUUGAUUGUACCAAAGUUUUUGAACGGUGGCGUGACGGCUGGAAAGAUGGUUCUUGUGAUUAU